GCGGGGCGCGCGAGGAGGGCGGCAGCCCCGGGAGGAGGCGCAGGAGCUGGAAGAGGAGGAGGAGGAGAAGAGAAGAGAAAAGGCCGCUCGCUGCCCGGCCCGGCAGAGAGGCCAGAAGGAGGCGGACCGCACGGGGGCUUGUGGUGCGCAGCGGUGCUGGGACCGCGCGGAGCAGCUGGGCACGACGGCCACAGCAGCCAGGGCCUGGGCCGCGGUUCGGCCGCGUCGGCCGAGCUGGACGGGCCAUUAUGGAGGAAGAGCUGCAGCAUCCACACUGCGUGAAUUGUGUCAGUAGACGGUGUAUGACCAGACCGGAGCCUGGGAUUUCUUGUGAUUUGAUUGGUUGCCCAUUGGUUUGCGGAGCAGUCUUCCAUUCUUGUAAAGCUGAUGAGCAUCGACUGUUAUGUCCAUUUGAACGAGUGCCUUGCUUAAAUAGUGACUUUGGAUGUCCAUUUAUAAUGGCUCGAAAUAAAGUUGCUGAACAUCUAGAAACAUGUCCUGCAAGUGUGGUGUGCUGCACUAUGGAAUGGAACCGAUGGCCAGUUAGUUAUGCAGACCGGAAAUCGUAUGAGAAUCUAAGCAGAGAUGUUGAUGAAGUGGCACAAUUAGAUAUGGCACUGGCCCUUCAAGACCAGAGGAUGCUCUUGGAAUCUCUCAAAGUAGCCACCAUGAUGUCAAAAGCGACUGAUAAAGUAUCAGCACCUAGAGAACAAAUAUCAGUUAAAUCAGAUAUCCCAGAGAUACCACAUGCUAAUGGUUUAGUGUCUGUUGAUGAAGAAUCUUAUGGUGCACUUUAUCAAGCUACUGUAGAAACAACCAGAAGUUUGGCUGCUGCUUUAGAUAUCCUGAAUACAGCCACAAGAGACAUUGGCAUGUUAAGUACAGGUCUCUCUGAUUCCCCAGAUGAAACGAACGAAGAGCAAAAUGCCAGAGAAAGCUUACAGAAUAGAAACUUGAAAGACCAGGACUAUCUUCAUGAGGAUGAGAUUGGAGCAGUAGGUGGAAUUGACCAUAACAAUACAAGCCAAAAUGCCCAGCCUGAACAAAAUGGUUCAAGUGAUUUAUUAUGUGACUUGAAUAGCAGUGCUUAUGGCACUUCUGCUCUUUGUAAUGGCUUUCCUUUGGAAAAUUUAUGUACACAGGUCAUAGACCAGAAUCAGAAUUCACAUAGUGAUUCAAAACAAAGUAACUUAACAAAUGGAGAAUGUGUAGCAUCAGAUGGCACUUCAAAACCUUCCAGUUCACUUUCGGUAGCAGCACAACUUAGGGAAGUAAUACCAUCUAAUGCUUUGCCUAAUGGCACAGUUCAGCAUAUCUUCAUGCCAGAUGAUGAGGAUGAAGAAUUAUGUUGGCGAAAAGUAGACUUAGGGGACUUGAAGAACGUGGAUGUCUUAUCUUUCAGUCAUCCUCCUUCGUUCAAAUUUCUUUCUAAUUCAUGUUGGUCUAAACCAAAGGAAGAUAAAGCAGUAGAUACAUCAGAUUUGGAAGUAGCAGAAGAUCCAAUGGGCCUCCAAGGAAUAGAUCUAAUCACAGCAGCAUUACUGUUUUGUCUAGGAGAUUCUCCAGGUGGGAGGGGUAUAUCUGAUAGUCGCAUGGUCGAUGUUUAUCACGUUGACUUUGGGACUCAGACUUUUUCGCUUCCAUCUGCAAUUUUAGCUACAAAUACAAUGGUUGGGGAAAUAGCUUCAGCUUCAGCUUGUGAUCAUGCCAACCCACAGCUUUCAAAUCCAAGUCCCUUCCAGACACUUGGGCUGGAUUUAGUUUUGGAAUGUGUCGCUAGGUACCAACCCAAGCAGCGUUCAAUGUUUACAUUUGUUUGUGGACAGUUAUUUAGAAGAAGAGAAUUUUCAUCCCAUUUUAAGAAUGUACAUGGUGAUAUUCAUGCUGGACUCAAUGGCUGGAUGGAACAGAGGUGUCCUUUAGCCUAUUAUGGUUGUACUUACUCUCAGCGUAGAUUUUGUCCAUCAACACAAGGAGCAAAGAUUAUACACGACCGCCAUUUGCGGUCAUUUGGAGUUCAGCCAUGCGUAUCCACAGUGUUAGCAGAGCCUGCUAGAAAUUGUGUGUUGGGAUUACAUAGCGACCAUCUAAGUAGUCUUCCUUUUGAGGUUCUGCAACAUAUUGCAGGCUUUCUUGAUGGCUUCAGUCUAUGCCAGCUCUCAUGUGUAUCCAAGUUAAUGAGGGAUGUAUGUGGCAGUCUGCUUCAGUCUCGUGGAAUGGUCAUACUACAGUGGGGGAAAAGGAAGUAUCCAGAAGGAAAUUCAUCAUGGCAGAUAAAAGAAAAGGUAUGGCGAUUCAGUACCGCAUUUUGUUCUGUUAAUGACUGGAAAUUUGCUGACAUCCUAAGCAUGGCUGACCACUUGAAGAAAUGCAGUUACAAUAUUGUAGAGAAACGGGAGGAAGCCAUCCCACUGCCAUGUAUGUGUGUGACGAGAGAACUCACGAAAGAAGGACGUUCACUUCGCUCAGUUUUAAAACCUGUACUUUAAAAACUGCAGCUCCACUUGCACAUACAUGCAAGCACCUAGUAUAAUUUCUUUGUAAUAUGUGACACUUUAUUAAUGUAUUAAAGAUUACAACUAGCUAAAUUUAUUGUCACUAUGUAUAUAAUGUUUUGAAGUGACAUAUAUUUUUAUAAAGUACUGUUUAGUUGGAAAAAGUUGCCUUAAUGUUUGAAACGUGUGAAAUAUUUGGAACUUGCUGGACAGGGUGAUUUAAUUUUUAGCUACACAAUUUUCAGAAUUAGUAUUUUUAAUGGUGUGCAUAUUUUGGUUCUUAAAUUUUUUGCUUCUUUAACUAACAAGAUCCUGACCAAACAGUAUAUUCCUCAUGUUUUCUCUGGGUUGCAACCCAUGCAUUCAAAAAGCAAAACUUUGAUUCAGAUUUUUGCAGGAUAGGUUUUUCAGAUUAAAAAAUUCAGUUGCUUAUGCCCUGCUUAAGAGCAUUAUAAAGAUUUUAUUUUCUAGUGCUCCCCUUAUACAAAUUAUACAGUUGUUGAUACUUAGAUGAUCUCCAAUAUAUACUUACAUAAUAUUUAAAAUCAUGGUUAUUUGGUAAUGACAUUUAUCGUGUUUUAAAAAUAAUUCACAAAGAUGUUUUCACCCUAUGUAUUCAUUUAGAGAGUGUCCAUAUGCAACUUUCUAUUUUGUUAGACUCCACGUCCAAAGACUCAUGGCAAUGUGACAGGUUAAAGCAAAAACAAACAAAAAGCCUGUGAAUUUAUUUUCAUUUGAAUCUGUUCAUGAUAUUAUUUGCUAGGUAUUUGAUAUUUGUGGAGAAGAAAAUAUACCUCAUUUUAAGUCUGAAUUGGGCAUAUUGCGUGAAUAAAUUUCAACUAUUCAGAAUGCAAAGGGCUUAACUUUUUGUCAUAAGCAUUUAAAAUUUUUGCCUUUUGGUGUUUAUAAUCACAACUAUGUUUUAAGACAUUUAAAAAUGUGAAAUUUGAUAUCUUUGUAAGAUGACAAUCUUGAGAUGCAGAAACUUCAUGGUUGACAAUCUCUUUAAAAUAUUUCCAGAUUAAUUUCCUAUGACUUCUCUGCCAAAAAAGUAAGAAUUACAUCUUUGAGUAAAGAUUAAGGUAUGACAGAAAAAUAUUCAAAAGCCUAUUCUUGAACUAUUUUAUUAUAGUUUUCGAGUUGAUUAAUACUAUUAUUAACCUGAUGUGGUCCGUUUAAAAAAAAUGAAUAUAUCAGUAUUUAGAAAUAAAUUGCAAAGAUAGGGACGUGUACUUAAAUAAUUUGUUUUAACUACUUUCUGGCAUUUGGUGAUCUGAAAUGGUGACAAGUUAUUUUGUUAUAAAAUAGCAAAACUCUGUUUUUUCUUCUCUUCCUACAUUUGUCCCCGAGAGUGCUCUUUUGUUACUAGGUUCUUGAUUCCCAUAUAUGGCAAUCAGGCUAGGCAGAGGCGUUCCUUGGGCAUUAGGAAAGAAUUCUGAACUGCUUAAGACUUGUUUUGGUUGAAUCAACUCCUUAGACAGUUGAAAAUAUAGCACUGAAGACUAAUCAAUUGUUUUGCCUCACCUGUCAUUUUAAUUAGUAGACUACUUAUUUCUCAGUGCUUAAACUUUCUUUUUCAACUGUGAGAUUGAAUUACAUAAGCAGCCUCUUUCUACGAAGAAGUUCGAAAUAAGAUAUCAAAUACUGUAAAACAGAACUCUGCUUUAUAAAGUUUUGCUGAAGAAUGUGUCUGGUUAGGAUAGCACAAACAUUAACUUCUUGUUUUAUGGUUGUGCGUUUUAAAAUCCUUGGUUUUUAAGUUUAGAUUUCUUGUUUCUAUACUGGAUCAUGAGGUACUUAACAUUUUUCCACCUUAUAUUUCUUUUACACAUCUUUGGCUGUUUGUUUGUUUGUUUGUUAUGCCACCAUACUGUUUUGUUAAAAUGUGUUCUUUGUGCAACAUUCGUUCAAAUUCUAAUAAAAUUAAUAUUUUCCCUUUA